UCAAACUUUUAAUAUAAAUACGAAUCUUAAGAAACUAUUUUGUGUACUUCAUAUUAUUUAAUUUAAUUCUAACAUUCACAAACAGUUUGACAAUUGCAAGAUACCCAUACAACGAAAGACCAUUAAAGUCUCGUAACAUAUUCAGGACAGAAGCUCCACGUGCAUUUCCCAUGGCAACGCAGAAAUAUGAAUAAAAAUAUAAAAUCAAAUAUGCACUGACGUGUAAAUUAAUGCGGCAGUCGCUUCAGAUUGUGUUAAAGCUACAAAUGGCACGAAGGGACAUAAGAGUACACAGACAUACGAAGAGUGUGUAUGUAUGCACACACGUGUGAGUGUGAAUACACUCAUGCCUAUUCACGAAAUGCUUUGCCAGAGUUUCGCAUAAUUGAAAAAAAAGCUGCAGCAAAAAGUAAAAAACGUGAAAUGAUUCACGACAGGACUGAAGUCAAGAGUCGACACCCCAGUUUCCAAUUCCCGCCUCGCUCGCAGAUGAUGAAGCGACCACCCGGAAGUGCCACAAACUUGUUGAAAACUUUUUCAGAGUUUCCCCCAUGGCAAAAAAAAAAACGGAAAAAAGUGUAAAUGGCAAGAAAAACUUGAUCCAUUUACGAGAGCAAUUAAAUAUGUAACGCAGAUUAGCAGCUUGAAAUAUUCAUAAAGUUUUAAAUGCAACUAAAGAUUAAACUGCAAAAUUGUCAGACUUCUUAUAAAUAUAUACCCAAAAAAAAAAUAAAUGUCAGCGAUCAUUAGCUAUUAAUAAUGGCUUCCAAAGCAUACUUAAUGCUGGCCACUAAUUAGCUUUAUGCUUAGAAUGCCUCAACAUGUGGCAAGUUGUGGUUCUCUUUACGCUGUUGCUCUGCUGCUCGCCCAACUGGACAAUCACGUUGCAGGACACACUACAACGUUGCCACCAGGAGCAACCCUUCGAGACAAUGCUGUUGUUGCAACAUCGGAAGCAGUUGCAGUGCAAUGAAAUGGAGAAAGUGGCUGCAGCUGCCACUUGGCCCAUGCUGCGGCUCACCAACGAGGCAAACUUCUAUCUAAGGCGCAGUCAGAGUACUGAGAUGUUGGCAUUGAUUUGUCUAACUGAGAGUCGAGAGAUGAACAUGGAAAUGUGGCAAGCAUUGGCCACAAAUCUCAACAACAUGCGUCAUGUGCGUCUCUUGUUGUUGCAACACGAAGCACAGUCUCUUGGACAACCGUUCGAAGAACUGUCGGAUAUCACACAAGAGUUGAAAUUUCCUCACGUUGUACUCUUCGCAACCACAGGAAUCCUUUAUCGACUGCAACCUUAUGCCAGCCAGCACUGGCUACAGCUCAACACAAUGCGACAUAUCUUCAUGAAGCACCACAAUUAUCAACAUUUGGUGGCACACACACUGCCGGAUCAGAUAACAUCGCUGUCGCUUGUCUACGUGGAUAAGCAGACACAGAAGUUGCGGAUGACAGGAUUUGUGGCCAGGUUAAUGCAGGAAUUUACGCGUGUACACAACAUCACAUUGCGGUGGCAACGCCCAGUUAUCGCAGGCGAGGAGUUAUCCAUAAUCCUGUUGCGCAACAUGACACUGAAUGGCACCCUCAAUCUACCCAUUACGCUCUGUGGCUUUGAGCGCGACAGUUCUUCGGGUCUCUACUCGUAUCCCUACGACAUGCCCUCGUGGUUCAUUAUGGUGCCGUGUCCUCGCCAGAUGGCCACAGCUCAAGUCUAUCGCGUGCUCUUCAAUUGGCGAAUGUUGUCACUGCUCAUUGGCUCCUACUGCGUCUUUGUGUUGCUCGACUCGAUGCUUUCUUGCCUGCUGACGCGUUCAAAGUUCGAUUGGACCAAUUUGAUAUGCAACGAACGCAUGAUAUCGGGGAUUAUUGGACAAUCGCUGGACAUACGCGCUCACUCCACACUUAGCUCAAGGAUAACUCAAGCGCAACUUUUCAUUGUGGGUCUCAUGAUUAGCACGAUUUUCGCAGCUCAUCUGAAGACACUUUUGACCAAGCCACCUACUGAACCAAAGGUGUCCAACUUCCAGGAACUAAAGGAAUCGCAUCUGCGCAUCUUUCUAGAGGAAAGCGAACAUUUCUAUAUAAAUAGGAUGACAUCGAAGAAUCCCAUCCAGCCGGUUCGACCGAAGAUUGAAUAUCUGCCCACUAACGAUUUUUAUGCCCAACGUAAGAGUCUCAAUGUCUUGCAAGCGUUUUCUAUAACCUUAACCGAGUGGAAUAUGAUCAAACGCCAACAGGAACUUUUCCAUCAGCCCGCAUUUUGCUACUAUCCUGAUCUGGUUAUCCGCAUGAAUUUACUGAUGUCUGUGCCCCUGGAACCCAAUUCGAUCUACGCUCAACCUCUUGAUCUGUUCAUACAUCAAAUUCAUGCCUCUGGCUUGUUGAACUAUUGGAAGACGGAAGUUGUCAGGGAUCUAAUUGCUCUGGGUCAAGUCAGCCAAAAGGAUCCAUAUGAGUAUAAACCUUUUCGGGAGUUUAAAGUGGGCGAUUUAUUUUGGGUUUGGUUGAUCUAUCUUCUGGGAUUGCUAUUGGCAACUAUUGCCUUUGUGUUUGAGAUUGUAGCUAAGAAAAUUCGUGGAAGAAAGCUGCAGUUUAUUCCUUAAAUUAUUCCUUUAUUUCCUAAGCAAUUUUGCCUUAACUUUCAAUUUAAGUAAUUCAAUAUACAACAUUUCAAACAUUGCUGAGCAUUGCAUUAAGAAACCAACAA